GCAGCUAUGGUUUCAUAAAGCCUUACUUGUCUGAGCUGAGGAUAGUUCUGCUGGGGAGUAGAUUGUCUCAAAGAUGUUCAGUAGGAAACUACAUCCUGCAAGAAAACACUUUCAACAGCACAUCUAACUCCUAUGUGAAAAUCAGUGGGACCUUGGAAAACAAAAAAAUAUCUGUCAUCAAUACUCCAGAUGUGCAGAUUUCUACAGCAGAAAAACUGACGGAGUUUGUUAAAAACUGUGUGGAAGCUUCUGCUCCUGGACCUCAUGUGUUCCUGUUGGUUCUACAACCUGAAGAAGUCACUGAAGAAGACAAAAAUAGGCUUUGCAGAAUGCUUGAAAAAUUCAAUUAUCAAGCAUUUCAGCAUUCUCUGAUAUUUUUGACACCGAAGCAAAGGAGUUCAGGUUUGAUGGGAAAAUACAUAAAAAAUCCUCCAUUAAAGGACUUGGUCAGRAAAUGUAAAGACAGAUAUUUAAUUUCAGACAAUGUUGAACAUUCAGACCUGCUGACUUGCUUUGAUCAAAUUAUAACAGAGAACAGUGGAAAACAUUUGAUCUAUGAAGAGUUUCAGAACCCUUCAUCCACCUCAUCAGCUGAUCAUCAAACACAGAAUACCUCUGCAGAUACUGAUGGAGCUGCUGCUAAAGAUGCAGGUUCAGAACUCAGGAUUGUGCUGUUGGGAAAAAAUGACUACAAAAAGACAAAACUCACUCAACUCAUCAUUGGGUCCCAAAAUGUUUCCCACCAGAAACCAGCAGAGUGUGUGACCUUCAGUGGAGAGUGGRGUGGAAAACCAGUAACAGUAGUGAAAACCCCGUCCAUGUUGGAUCUGUCAGAGGAGAACAUAAGAAGAGAAGUGAAGAUCUGUUUGAGUCUCUGUCCUCCUGGUCCAAAUGUCCUGCUGCUGUUAGUGAGAUCUUCUGAGUUUACUGACAAGAAUGCAAAAACACUCAAGUUCAUUCUGAGUUUGUUUGGUCAAGAUGCCUUCAGAUAUUCAAUGGUCAUCAUCACACACAAGGAGAAAAACUCUGAGUCYGUCUGUGAACUUCUUAAAGACUGUGAAGGAAGACAUUACAACAUGUUUGAAGAAGGACAAAACAUUCAAACGAGUGUGUCUUUUUUAAACAGGUUUAAACCCUUUCAGGGUCAUGGUGGGGCUAGAGCUCCUUCCCAUUCUAACUUUAUGGGAAGUGGGCAGCCUGGACAGAAAACCAGUUUAUCACAAGAACACUUGAAUAAGAGGCUGUUGAUGAAGGAAAUUGAGGACAUUGUGCAGAAAAAUCAAGAAACUUUCCUUACAUUCACUGAACUCAAAAGACCAAAACAAAUUAUUGAACAAACAGCAAAUAAAAACACUGAACUCUCCAUACGUAWUAAAGAACAAAUAAAACCUUUAAACCUGGUUCUGUUUGGAAGAAUGGGAGCAGAAAAGACUUCAGCAGCUGAAGCCAUUUUAGAUCAGACAGAUCUUCAUCCAGAAUCCAGCCCAUCAGAGUGUGUUAAACAUGAGGGAGAGGUGUAUGGACGUUGGGUUUCUGUGCUGCAGAUGCCUCCUCUGUUCAACAAACCACACGAGGAAGUGAUGGAGGAAUCCUUCAGAUGUGUUGCCCUCUGUGAUCCUGAGGGGGUCCAUGCCUUCAUCCUGGUCCUACCUGUGGGUCCCCUCACUGAUGAAGACAAGGGAGAGUUACAGACCAUCCAGGACACAUUCAGCUCUCGAGCCAAAGACYUAAYCAUGAUUCUGUUCACUGUGGACUCAGAUCCUGCAGCUCCAGCUGUUGUUAACUUUAUAAAGGAGACCAAGGAGAUCCAGGAGCUCUGUCAGAGCUGUGGAGGAAGAUAUGUUGUCCUGAACAGCAAGAACAAGCAGCAGAUCCCAGAACUCUUUAAGAUUGUGGAAAAACAAGUUUCUGACCAGGAGAAGCCACAAAGUUAUAAAACUACAACAUUUACAUUUGGCCAAAUGGAAAGAAUUUUACAGAUGCAGACUGAACUGAAGGAGCUUAAAUUGAAAACCACAGAACCAGGUGAGAACCAGCGAGCGUGA